GUUUGGUAGAAAUCCAAGAUGGCGUCGCCUUUUGAGGGUGACGGUGUACGAGUUUUAUUGACUUGUUCCUGUUCUGCCUUAUCUCCAGCGGCUCGUUUGUACUUCUGCCGACACUGCAUUAAGCUGAGAUGUCCUCUGUGUGUCUCUCAUGAGGUGGAUUCCUACUAUUGUCCAAACUGCCUGGAAAACAUGCCUUCCGCAGAAGCUAAAGUUAAGAAGAACAGAUGUGCCAAUUGCUUUGACUGUCCAAGCUGUGGUAACACACUUUCAACACGAGCCACAGCAGUGGCCAUACAGGCCGAGAAGGGAGGGGAUGAUGCCAAAGCUAUGCAAGCUAAGAAAGUGUACUACUUAGCCUGUGGCUUCUGUCGCUGGUCAUCCAGAGAUGUCGGCAUUGAAGAUAAAAGUGUUGCAAGUGGUGCAUGGCAAGAACAGGAGAGUCCUGCUACAAAAAGGGUCAACAUCCUGGUGGAGUAUUACAGACAACUUGCACAGAAAGAGAAAGUGGAACGGGAGAAAAAGAAAUUGACUAAACGACGCAAUUUCAUGCAUUUAUCUUUUACUCCAAGGAAGGAUAAAUUUGGCUUGUCAUCACUAACAAAACGCAAAAGCAGCCUUUCCUAUCUUACUGCUAGAUUUGGUCCAAAAGGGAAAGAAUUAGUGGAUGAAGAUGUUAAUUUGAAGAAUCCAAGUGAAGCGGUAGAAGAAGUGGAAACAUUACCUGAGGAAUUUUACAACAAGCCCUUGAUCCUUGAAAAAGUUCCAAAUCUAUCACAAAGACUUUGUCAGCCUGAUUUCCAGCCAGGAGCCAUUGGUGAUCUUCAUCCCAGACACAAACACCUCCUGGCCAAGAGAUCGCAACGCUGCAGGGAAUGCGAGCAUAACCUUAGCAAGCCAGAGUUCAACCCAUCUUCAAUAAAGUUCAAGAUUCAGUUAGGAGCAGUGCAUUAUGUACCAAUGUUGAAAAUUUCAAGUGUCCCAGUGCUGAAGUUUGGUAAGGAAUCUCAAGUGACCCUCUCACUGACAAAUCCAGUUGAAAAUUUAUUAAAAGUCACUCUGCUAAGAUUUGAGGAAGAGACAAAGGACACAGGCGAAGAGAGUGAUGUACAAAACAAAGGGGACAAGUCAGAUCAGACUGCUGAUAAGAAAGACAACAAGACUGAAAAUGAAGAGAAGAAAGAAGAUGAAAAGAAAGAUGAAGCUAAAGAGAAGAGUGAAGCAGAACAAGAGAAAGAUGCAGAGAAAGAGAAAAAGAAGGACAGUUCUAUUGGAGUGGCAGCUGUCAUUCGUAAGCCUGAUCGCAGCAUGAAUAACAGUUGUGAAAGUAGAUCUUUUGUAUCCACCGCUGAGGUUGUCUUGCCAACGUUCCCGCUGAUGUUAGGAGCGCGUGAUGAGGCUGCUGAGUUUGAUGAAAUAGACUCUGCUACUCCUGCGGAAAUGUUUAAUGAUGAUCCAAGAGUUGUCGUCAACCGACAAGCCAACAAGUUGUGGUUUCUUGUAAAAGUUUUGCCGCAAAAGUCAAUAGGGGAUGUAAAAUUUUCCCUGAUCAUGCAGUAUGAGUACAAACACAUAACAACAGCCUUGGUACGAGGCGGUCAGGAGUCAGAAGAACAAGUUGUUACACUGAAACACAAGCUACAUAUCAACCUCGGCCCAGUCCUGUCCGAGUCAUAAACUUAAUAUGAUAUUUAUAGAACAAUAGAGAGGGAAAUAUGACAUUUAUGGCUCAGGAUAAGGAAAAGCCGCUGUUCAUUAUCAUAUGAUUUGUGGGGGAUGUUGGCGGUUCGUCUUUUUCAUCGUGAGGUUUGGCUUCGUCGUCGUCGUCUGUUGUAAACAAUAAUAAUAACAUCCAGCACUUGAGAAGGGCAUUUGAACGCAAUUUUGGCUGUGGGGUGGGGGGGGACGAUUUUAACAAACUAUUCUUCAAAAAUUUAAAUGCCUGGAGGGCACAACUUCGUCUAAGUUCUUUAAUUCGUCUUCAUUAGCUGUCAGCUGAGAGGCUGUAGCAAUCAUGACUCGACCUCGUCGUUGCCAGUAGUUAGCUUCGCUCUCCUGAUCCUUCCAGAAUCUAACGUAGGACUUUGACGACCUGUGGUUUGAUAAUGAAAUGAGGUGUCUUGAGAAAGUGGAUGUAAAGGAUUUUAGGGUAUGUUUAAAUUUAUUUAAAGAAUUAUUGUGAGUCUGCUGAAAGAACAAGCCCAAGAGCGACUUUAUAUCUCAGGGAUGGAUGGUCCAAGUACUUGAAAGCAAGACAACUAUGUCAAAACUUUCUCUUUUCGUUCACGCUCAUCUUUCAUCGAAACGAGCGAGACAUGGAGACGAGGUAGAUUAGCGAAAGAAAAUUAACCUAUUAUAAAAAAGGGGAAUCAAUUUAUAUGAACAACUGCGAACCUACCCCUCCCUCAACCCAAAAUUAACCCCCUGUGGGUUGGGUUAGGGACAUUGAUCCAAGGAGAGUUAUCAGAUGGUCAGCAUGGGUAAUAAAACAUGCUAAAACUUCUGAAAAGUGGAUCGGUAUGUUAAUGACAGGGUUGCAAUAAAGGAAGGGCCAAUUCUGCAUAACACUUUAAACCCUAA